CCGAUUCACAAACCCAUUUCCCGCCAGAUCCAAAAACACUUUCCAUUUAUCAAAACCCUAACACUCGAAACCAAAACCAAAAGCAAAAUCUCAAUCAGAGAAAACAAACCUUAAUCGACAAUGAAGAUCAGAUCCGUUAAGCUUAGAGAAGCUCACAAGAGCAGCAAUAGCGUUGGUUCGUUUUGCUCGGUUUUAUGGGAUCAACAAGGCGAACACAUUGUCACUGCUUCUUCAUCUGAUGCUUCAAUUUGUAUUCAUGAUGCGAUUUUGCCAGCUAAUCCUCCUAAAGUUGUUCGACAUCAUAGAGAUGGCGUCACCGCUUUGGCUCUCAGCCCUAAUUACACGUGUCUGGCUUCUGGAUCUAUUGACCAUUCCGUCAAACUCUACAAAUUUCCUGCUGGGGAGUUCGAGACAAAUAUUACUAGAUUUACAUUGCCUAUACGGGCGCUUGCUUUCAAUAGAUCUGGAACUAUGCUGGCAGCUGCUGGUGACGAUGACGGCAUCAAACUUAUAAAUACCAUUGAUGGCUCAAUUGCAAGAGUUCUUAAAGGACAUAGAGGGUCCAUCACUGGCAUAGCUUUUGAUCCCAAAAGUGAAUACCUGGCUUCAGCUGAUUCAAUUGGGACUGUCAUGUUCUGGGAACUCCAGUCAGGGAAAACAAUUCACGUCUUAAAAGGAAUAGCUCCUGUCAUUGGUUCUGAUUUUUCUUCUAUGAAUAUAGUUAGCUGGAGUCCUGAUGGGGAGCUAUUAGCUGUUCCUGGCUUGAAAAAUGAUGUGGUGAUGUAUGACAGAGACACUGCAGAAAAACUGUUUUCUCUUAGAGGUGAUCAUGUGCAGCCCAUUUGCUAUUUAUCUUGGUCACCAAAUGGAAAGUACAUGGCUACUUCUGGACUAGAUAGACAGAUUUUGAUAUGGGAUGUUGAUAAGAAACAAGAUAUUGAUCGGCAGAAAUUCGAGAACAGGGUAACUUGUAUGGCGUGGAAACCAAUUGGCAAUGCAUUGGCAAUAGUUGACAUCAUGGGAAAGUAUGGUGUCUGGGACUCAGCUGUACCCUUUUCAAUGAAAUCUCCCACGGAAGACAUCCCUGGUUUAAGUUCUAAAAAUGGGCAUGGUCUUCUUUUCUAUGAUGAAGAGGAAGAGAACGCAAGUGUAUCUGGUAGUUUAAGUGAUCUUGGAGAAGACAGUCAAGGUGAAUCUGAAUCGUUUAGCAGAAAAAGAUUACGCAAACAGCAUAGUUAUCCUGAUGAUUGGGAAGAAGACACUAAUGAAGAGUUGGAGUUACUUCCAAAAUUUGAACCUCGUAAGAAAGCUCCUCAUGGUCACAGGGAUCGUUCAGAUAAUAAAGGAAAUGAGCUCAAGAAUGUGCCAGUUUCUGCAGGGCCGAAAAUGCAAGAAGCUAUUCAACCAGGCUCGACUCCACAGCAGCCUGGCAAAAGACGUUUUCUUUGUUACAGCAUGCUUGGCAGUAUAACCACGAUGGAGCAUGAUGGAUACUCUCACAUAGAGAUUGAUUUUCAUGACACAAGCAGUGGCCCCCGAGUCCCUGCAAUGACCGAUUAUUUUGGUUUCACAAUGGCUUCAUUAAAUGAAAAUGGAAGCGUAUUUGCAAAUCCAUGCAAGGGUGAAAAGAAUAUGAGUACACUCAUGUAUCGACCUUUCAGUACCUCGGCUAAUAACAGUGAGUGGUCAAUGCGGUUUGAAGAGGAAGAAGUAAGAGCAGUUGCACUAGGAACUGGUUGGGUAGCUGCCAUUACAAGUUGUAAUUUUCUUCGCAUCUUCACUGAGGGUGGCCUGCAGAGACAUAUUCUUUCCCUUGAUGGACCAGUGGUUACUGCAGCUGGCUUUAAGGAUGAACUGGUAGUUGUCACACAUGCAUCUCCCCCUCUUCCCUCUAAUGAACAGAUUCUUGAAUUUAGAGUCUUCAAUAUUCGUACUGGAACACUACUUCACCGAGGAAGACUUCCAUUGACUCCUGGUUCAUGUCUAUCAUGGUUUGGUUUUAGUGAAGAAGGGCAUCUUAGUUCUUUUGACUCUAAGGGUGUACUAAGGGUCUUCACUAAUCAAUAUGGUGGCAGUUGGCUUCCACUUUUCAGUGCCAGUAAAUUGAAGAAGCCGGAAGAGAACUAUUGGGUUGUUGGGUUAAACACAAGCAAGGUGUUCUGUGUCAUUUGCAAAUCUCCUGACUCCUUUCCAGAGGCCACUCCUAAACCUAUUCUCUCACUGUUGGAUCUUUCAUUUCCUCUUGCUUCAUCUGAUCUUGGAGCAGAAAGCCUGGAGAAUGAAUUUAUAGUGAAUAACAUGCAUCUCCACCGGAUUCAGAGCACAAUUGAAGAAAUGGAAGCUGCUGGUGAGGACACCAGUUUGCUUGAUGAUGAGGCUUUUAAUACUGAAGCCGCUCUUGAUCGAUGCAUCCUGAGGCUCAUUGCAUCCUGCUGCAAUGGUGAUAAGCUAGUCAGAGCUACUGAACUCGUAAAACUUCUGGCUUUGGAAAAAUCAGUCAAAGGUGCUAUAAAGCUUGUUACAGCACUGAAACUGCCAAAUUUGGCAGAGCGCUUUAAUGCCAUAUUGGAGGAAAGAUUGAAUAAAGAAACAUCUGGUAGUGCAAUUCCUGUAUCGACUGAGUUGAAAUGUGAUACCUCUUUUAAUGCUCAUGCUGCAUUAACCAAGUCCCAUGUUACGGUUGAAAGCAGCAAAAGAUUGGAAUCACAGGAUUCUCCAUCCCUAAAUUUGUUAGCUUCUUCUGGUACGAAAAAACGGUCUCUGGAUGAACCAAUCAAGGAUGUAAAUGUAGAGACAGAAAAUGCUAAAGCCAGAAAAUUGGAAAUGGCAAGAGAGUUCAAAAGUGCAUUUGAUAUGAAGAAGGCUAAGAAAGUGAAGGAUGAAAAGGAUAAGGUGGAUGAAGUGAAAAAUGAAAGAAAAUUAGAAGAUGCAAAUGAACUGGAAGAUGGACAAGAUAAGAAUGGAGAAGCCAAUAAGGUAACAGCACAACGCCCCUCUAAUCCAUUUGCAAAGUCAUCGAACAACAAGGAAAGUACAUCCUUGUUUGAUUCCCUAAAGAAAAAGGUGAAAGCUGACAGAUGAUGCCUUUGUGACUGAAAUGACUAGGAGCAUUUUUCCCAAGUUGCUUGUAAUAGAGAAAGUUGUAUAUGAUUAAUAUAUUAGGCUUGUGGUAGUUCUUGUUUCUAUUUAAACAAUACAGCGUGGAAACAGUUGACAAGACUCGAGUUGAAUCUGAUAAUUUGCAAUAAUGCUGAAAUGAGCAUCCACUUACAUCGUUAGGUUGCUCAUUUCUGGCUGGUUAAAAAGUAGUUGUCCAUGUAACAUCCCAUUGCCCAUUAUUCAUUGUCAACAUUGUUGAGUUGCA